GUGCCGAGAGAAGCCCUCGCUCUUUUGGUUCCUGUCCAAGCAUUUUUAACAGAGGAAGGAUGUAAUAACAUGCCACGGGCAAUAAAUCAUAGGUUAGCUACUCCCCCUGGCUCCCCUCCCCCAGCCCCGGCGGUCCCGGCCCCUCUAUAGAGGGAGGGGAGGAGGGGACUCCAGCAGAGCGCUCAGCCGCCGGGACGAGCAGUGCAGCGCCUGCCCUGCGCCCCGCCAGCCGCCUCACCAUGGACCUCCGCGCCCUGACUCUGCUCGCCUUGGCCCUGGCCAUUCUCUCUCUCUCGGAGGAGAAACCGGUCAGCCUGACUUACCGAUGCCCCUGUCGAUUCUACGAGAGCAACGUGGCAAGAGCCAACAUUAAGCACCUCAAAAUCCUCUCCACACCCAACUGCUCACUUCAGAUUGUUGCGAGGCUCAAGAGCAACAGCAAGCAAGUGUGCAUUGAUCCCAAGUUAAAGUGGAUCCAGGAAUAUCUGGAGAAAGCUUUAAACAAACCACGUCAUCGCACUCAUAAAAAAAAGCAACAGAAGAAACGGGGCCCACUCUGCCCUUCCCGAACAACACCACUAAAGUCUCCAGGGAGAAAGAAUGGAGGUUCAAGAUGUAAGAGGCAAGCAUUGUAAGCCGUCUACAGGAUUUCUUACUGUAGGACCCAGAGAGCAGAUAACCAGUAUUAGGGAAUGAAUACAUUUCACUGUUAUGAUGCAGCACAAAAGCAACGCUUGAUGCAUUUCCAAAAGUUGUUUCUUUUUGUUUGGGGUUGUUUGGGGGGCUUUUUGGUGAUUUUAUUUUUCCCACCCAAAAAUUGGCUUCCUUUCACAGUGCUAUUUUUAUAUAAUAAGAUGUAACUAUUCAAGAGAAAUAGUUUUUAUAGAGGUUGGUUUAUUACCUAGCACUGAGGGCAUAUAUGAAUUCAAACUAACCCUAUGUUAUUAUAUAAUAUUUUAUUACCUUUGCUAUGUAGAGGUCGUGCUUUAUUUAACUUUCUUUGGGUUCAUGCAAGUCUCCUGGAGUUUUAAACCUAGAAGGACAUGAACUGUACAGUGCAAUGAUGUUGUGUAAGUAAUGAAGGAACUCCUUGCCUCCAGAAGUCAUCAAGGCCAAGAACAUAGGAAGGCUAACCACCAGACGCUGAUGAAAGUGGGCAGUAUCACCAUGCGUGACAUUUAUAGGUAUUUGGGGUGAGAGACUAAACUGAGGGCUGCAGGGCUAAAGCCCUUCUCUGAAGAUCAGAGACCUUGAUGACAGCUAUGAGCAGCUAGGUUAGUGCUCCUCUGGUAUUGCAAGGUGCUAGUACUUGGUUUGCAGUUGUAUGUGCUAGGAGCCACAACACUGAUCUGAUGUCACCUGGCAUUUCCUAUGUUCCUGUGUUUCUGAUGACAAAUUUUAGCAUAAAAGACAUGGGUUAUUCUAGGUCUAACCACAUGAUCAUGAUGUAAGUUGCUUGAGGAGUCAGACACGCUGCCAUGGACCAGGUAUCUCUUCCCACCCAUCUACAAGAGGUGGCUUCAGCUCUCCUGGCUAGAUUUGCACUGAAGUAGGCAGAGAUGCAUUCAUAUAACCCUUCACCAAUGAUGUUGUAGCCUUGGUUACUGAACAGUCACAGGUUCCUGAGAGCAGUAACACCUUUGAUUCCUCCGGAGAUACCUAGAAGACGAUGUCUGGCCACACCUGUGGAGAAAAGAGAUGCCUGGGGCAAGAGAGGGUCGGCCCAAUUUGUGGAAGGAGUGGUGUUUCUCAGGUGUGGAAAUGAAGGCCAACACUCACUGUUCACCAGUGGUCAUAGUCUUGUUUGCUGGUGAACAGGAUAGUCUGGAAUUUCCUUUGCAAAGUACCUGUGGGGACAGGCACCAUUUUACGCAACAAUCCUCUCUCUCACCCAGAAAUCUCUUCCUCCCAAUUCCUACCUGUAUACGCAAUAUCUUUGCAGUAUAAAGUAAGGAAAGACACUUGCAGUACUGUGAUAAUCACACGAUGCUGCACACUGGGAUCUGGGGGAAGCACAUUUGUGCAGCACAGUAGUUGCAUUUGUAUGUACCUGUGUGUGUAUUGUAAACAAAAAAAUGUUGUGAGAUUGUAUGUUUUUUGAGCUGGUUGCUUCAAAAGGAAUUUUCCGUGCAGCCUCUCAGGAACACUGAGAGGGAUGUUUCACUAAGCACUCCUUUUUGUGGCAGGCAUCUUCAGUGUCAAACAGGCACUUUGGCAAGCCAGGGACUAUCCUACUUCUGAGUGUAUUCAGGUAAAAAUCUUGUAUAUUUUUCUCUGCAAAACAGUGCUAUUACAGAGAGUGCUUCAGCUGGGACAACAUCACCUCAUUUGUUUUAAAGUAGAAACCAACUGCUGUGCCUAAAAUGUAUGUAUGUAUGUGAGAUUUUGACAUUCCUUCUAUUGUUAUUAUUACCAAUCUGGUGCUGUAAGUAUAUUGUGUCUCUGUUUUGAAAGGUCUGGGACCACUGUACUUGAUGAGAAUUGGAGUGUUGAUUUAAUGUGAGUAGGUUUAUCUGUUGUUAAGAGUAAAGACAGAAAGAACUUCUAUGAGAAAACUAGAGUUUCUUGUAUCUUCCCUGGUCUGUGCUUUAUAUCCUAAGGUUUAUCUUCUGUCCCCACACAUGCCCCUGCAAUUGCUGGUGGUUUGCCAGAGGUGGACAUGUGAAUGUCAAAGCCAAGAAUGACUUCAGGGAAAGUGAGGAAGAAUCUUGGUUCUGACACAGACAUGGAGCUUCUCCCUUCACCCCAGAAGCUGCAGUCUUCACACAUGCUUCCCAUCAAAGGACAGCUCGAGGUCUGAUUAAUUCCCAUCAGAGUAAACAGAGAAUUGAAUAAUCCUCUGAUUUUGAUUCAACAGCAUACCUUGUUAAUGAUGAUUGAAGCCAUGAAGAUUCCUUUUCAAGGUGAAAUGUCUUUCCAGUGGAAAGGUGGGGUGGGUGGAUGUGACUGGACAGCCUUGCCAGAGCAAUGCUGCAGUCCUGCUUAAUGGGUACUGCAUCUGAGGUCAGCACCAGUAGGGAAAGGUCUCCGGGCACAUACCAACCCCACAUUACAGUCUGGGCAUGCAGACUGCUUUAACAGAAGCAUUGAAAUAGGCAGUCCUGGGAGCAAUGCAUGAGUAGCAGCAGGAAUGAAAGGGACUCCCUGCAAGGCUAGGGAACUUUGACAGCCAGGUGCUGGCUGUCUGCCUCUGGCAUUUCUUGUGACACACAGUUACCUGGGCCCUGACACUGCUGGUGACAGUUCCCUACUUGUGUCGCUGAGACCACCCAGGGCAUGGGGCUGCUUUUGGGUACCACCACCAUGUUCUUCCCUUGCCUGAAAAAGGUUGAGCACAGCAUGAAUGCAGGGGUGGUACAGAACUGGAGGAAUACUUCAGUGAGAACCUGAAAAACCUUUCUCUUGCUUUAGACCAAAUUUCAGCCUUGAGUGGGAAGCUUUAUUCUUUGCCUGACAUUAUUUGCAUGGUGCAUUAGAAGAGCAGUUGUGCAGUUCGUACUUUGCUGCCUCAAGCUCCCUGCACUAUCCAGUGCAUCUCACGCUGUUCCUCGUGUGCACACCAUGGUAAUAGCAGGCUGAGAAGCAGCACUAGCAGAAACCUGCUUGGGGAGAACACCUGAUUUUCCUUUUUGCCUUUAACUGUUGACCAAAGACCAAAUCAGGAGAAGAAAGGAUAGGGAGAUGGGAGUGAUGUAGGGACCACACAUGAGGAGAAUGCAAGAAAAGAGAUAACACUGAACUGUGCUGAAAAAGCAGCUUCCAUAAAUGUGAAAUCAUCACAUGUGGUAUUUUCAGAGGGCAGCUGUCAAAUCCUAAGGUUGGAUUUUAAUAUUUUUUUUUCUUUAAGACUAGAUGGUAUUUAUUGCUGUGCCAAUUUAUUUAUACUAGCUUUAUACUUGUCCGUAUCGAUAUCUUAUCUGAAUUCUGCCUGAGGAAGGAUGAAGUGUGACUCUCUGAUGUGUUUUUAACUAAGGUGUUUGAGCAAAGUUGACUGCUCAUUUUGCAAUGAAGGCUAUAUUUGAAGUUAAAUAUACACAUUUCAUUGAAAAUGCAGUUCCUAUAGAAGUUUUUCUUGCUAUUUUCCCUUUUUUAGCAUCUAGAGGGUCCUUCUUUUCUCUGGCAACUUGUUUUGUGUGAUGUCAUUUAUACUAACCAGGGGUUUCUGAGAACUUGUCACCUGAAAUCUGAUAUUCUUUUUCUUUACCAAUCCCACCAAGACAGAUCUUAUCUGCAAACAUGAAACUCUGGUAGCCACAGAGAAGAAAACAUAUAUCAUGAUGAAAGGGCUGCAUGAACCUCCCAUCUUCCACUCCUUAAGAACUCAGUGUUGUCAGAAUGUGGUAAAUACUGUACUUUAUAUUUUUACUCAGUAAAAAGCAAUAUCUUCCCAAAUAAUGUGAAAAGGGUUUUGUAUUUGUGUUCCUGUAAGGCAGCUUUUAUGGAGGAGUUAUAUUAUGCUUUUGAAAUUACUCCUUUCAUAGAAUAUUUUGAAGAUAAACACUUCUAUAUUGUCAUAAUUUCUCCUAUAAAUGUGUAUGCACUUAAAAUUUUCUUAAUAAAAAUGUCUAUCUAAAUGAAAUUA